CCCGCCUCCUCUCUCCCGGUGACCCUUCACCCCGCUUUCGCGCCACCGUCGCUAUGGAGGAGCUCGAGCUUCAGGUGGAGAACAUCGAGGAGCUGGUGGCAGAUGAGAACCGGAUUGUCACCUACAAGAUGCUGAGCCAGUUCCUGGGCAUUCAUGUCAACCAGGCGAAACAGAUGCUUUAUUACUAUGUAGAGCGAAAGCGGAAGGAAAAUUCUGGAGCCCAGCUCCAUGUGACCUAUCUCGUGUCUGGGAAAGCAGUUGAAAAUGGGACUUCGUGUCACAAGGUAGCGGUGGUGAGAGAGGAUCAGCUGGAAGCACUGAAGCUGAAAAUGUUGGUGACUGCCAGUGUCCACGUUUACAGCAUUCAGAAGGCAAUGCUGAAGGAUAGUAGCCCCCUCUUCAACACCGAUUACGAAGCAAUCAAGGAAAAUCUGCAAAACAGUAAUAAAUACAGUGCCAUUCGAUGUGAGGAUGCUGUUCCUCGGUCAGCUGAGGAGUUGGCUCAGCUGCAGAAGUCGGUGCAGCAGUCCUCUCGGAGUUCAAGUGAGGCGACGAGCACCAGCAAGCCUAUGGUGAAUGGCAAUGCGCCCGUGGCUCCUAAGAAUGUUCCGCCACAACCCAAGGGAAUCAUGGGGAUGUUCUCCGCCAAACCCUCCGCCAAGUCACAGGACAAAGAGGUGAAAGGGGAGCCAGAUCUGGCAAAAGACGGGGAGAAUGCUGUAAGUGUUCGACAGAUGGCUCCUUCAGGCAGUAAAACAGCAAGCAAAGGAAACAGCUUCAGCAACUUUUUCCUGAAAGCCAGUGCUAAGAAAGGUUCACCCCCAUCCAACCGAGCCACCAAGGAAGAAGACCCUCCGACCAAACCCGUUGCGGAAUCCCCAGAGAAAGUGGAGACCCCUGAGGUGGGACAGUAUAAUGUGAAACCUGCUUCAGAGAAAGGGGGAGAUGAAGAAAGCGAGGUUGCAGCACAGAAGCCACAAGCCGAGGCACAGAAGGAGAAAACCCUGGCAAAGAAUGAAGCGGUAGACAAGCAGCAAAAAGACAGACCGAGCAGCCAGAAAACCAAACGUAAUGCAACAUUGGCCAGUCAAGGGGAGGAGCCUUGUAACAAACGACGGAGGAGGAUCAGACAGCCUCAGUCAGACAGUAGCGAUGACGAAGUAAUCCCAGACUCUCCUGAAGCUUUUGAUAUAAAGACUCCAUCACCACCCCCUGAAGAGCCAGUCAAGGAAGAAGAUAGGUCACCUCAGUGCCUUUCAGAUGUUGAGGUUAAGCCAACGUGUUGGGAAAGUGCAGACAGAGCUGAGAAGGCAGUGGGAGUGAAACGGAGGAAACGACGACGAGUUCUCAAAUCCAAGACCUUUCUGGAUGAAGAUGGCGCUAUGGUGACCGAAAAGGUUUACCAGAGUGAGUCGUGCACUGACAGCGAGAGCGAAUUUGCAGCCAAGCAACAAGAGUCGAAAAAUCUCUCGGGGCCCAAAGCAGCCGGCAUGAAGAGCAUGGCAGGCGGCAAAGACCAUCCAAAGGAGCAGAAGGAGAAGAAAGCAGCAGCCUCCAACAGGGCAGGCAAGCAGGCAUCCAUCAUGGGAUUCUUCAAAAAGGCCACCUAGUUCCAGCUUUCAUCAUGUUGACCCAGGCUCUCUCACCCAGUAUAUCAUGUGCAUCAUCAAUCAUCGUGGACAGACAUUGAGAACUAAAUGGGAGUUCAGAACAGCUAACCGUAGACACUCAAUGUACUUAAAAUAUAAAUUAAUGGUGAACGGUCUAAAGGAAACUUGGUGCUGGACAAAUCAAAUGUUUGGGAAAGGUCACCUUAGACCAAGAGAUGCAGUUCACAUACUCGAAUCAGAGUGAAGUUACCUCUAGAGACUGUUUAACAUUGCACAUUUAAACAUCACGUAUUGUCAGGAGUCUAUUCUCCCUCACUUUUCCGAGAGUAAUCUUCAAACUUUGUUCUAUACCCUUCUUCUUGGUCGCUCACAGGGGUGAUACCUACUAUCUAGACUCUUUUCAAAUAGCGUUUCAAAUGCAAAUCUGAGUAUGCAUGAUAGCUACAGAACUAUGGUGUUGAGCUUUAACCAUCUCACUGGCUGAGUCUGUUUCAGCUGAAAAUGUUAAAGUUUGUUUCCUUCUCUCCUGGUUUCAAAGUGCAGUUGGUUUCGUAAAAGAAAAAAGUAGUGCCUGCUUGUGAAAUGUUUCAGUAGGGUUGAAGUCUCUUCAUUCAGGAGGAUAAGCUUCUUUACUUUGCAUGCUGCCUGGGGCUCUGUGCUGUUACAUGUGUUACUGAUGUACUUUACUGCCUUACACAUUGUUUUGUAUCAUUCGUGGAAUAUCCUCAAUAGCCCUGUAAAGUCUUAGAAGCAGGUCAUGGGACUGCUUUUAAGAAUCAUUUCAGGAACGUUCCUCCUCCUCCUCCCCAAGUUUGACACUGGGUACAGACUCACAGUCACACAAUGACCCAUGUCUAUCUUCCUCCUCUGUGUGAGCAGGGGUAGUGAAUGUCUACAGAUUGUAAAGGGCAUCACAGUGUUGUGCAUUUUGGACAAAUCACUGGGCAGUGAGUGCAAGUGCAGACACGGUUGAUUUAAUUUCAUUUCCCUUCAUUAGGCACUAAGGCCACCCCACUUACUGCCCCAGGUAAUAAGUUAACAACGACACACACACCCCCCCCCCCCCGAUCAAAUGCUGAGGUUCAACCUAGUCUGUACAACUCCCGUGUCAGCACCAGAUGGUUACAUUUAUCUAUUGAGAUCCCCUCCAAGCGAGCUAUAAGAAAUGUUUUCAAAUACAUAUUGACUGUAUUCAGAUAAUUGCAGACAAUUCUCAAUCACGAGAGGUUGUUAAGUUUGAGUCCUCAUCUUGGUACACUUAGCUGCCUGAAUUAGAGCAAUUCAUCCUGACUCUCAACCAUGUCUGUGCAUUCCAGCGCUGGGAUGGGAUACAGUGGACUGGUAUUGAUCACCAACUCUGCUGUUGUCUCAGCAGCCAAGAAGCGACAAUGGGAAUUGUGAAAACUGGAUGUGGCCCCAAGGAGCGGGGUGCAUAUCUGUAAAUGAGCAGUUCUUGGGGUUAUUUCCAUUUUUUUCUUAUUUAUCAUAUUUCUCCGGGGCUAGGUGUAGACUGAGGGUGCCCAAACUUUGAGAUGAUCCAAGCAUCUAGUGAAAUUCGUGCAAAUAACCAGCCUUGCAUGGAUCUGGGAUACCUGUCCCUCCCCUCACCAGUCUGUCACCAGACAGAUAUAGCUAUGGGCGUGCGACUUUAAGAAUUCAUUUCAUUUGUAUUUUAGGCUUUGUAAACAGAACUGGGCUAGCUGGGGGUUGGGUGGAGGGGGUGGUUGUUGUCGGGUUGAGUUGGGAGAAUGUUCAAGAUUUUUGAAUAGCCCUAUGAACCAUUUUCUGUUUAAAAUUUACGAUAUGUGAAUAAAAGUUAUUUUUAAAUAAA